AUUCUCCUGCUGUUUGUCAAUGAACUUUGACAAAUACAAACACACCGACGCUGUUAAAGAAUGCUUGAAAAUACCCAGAUCACCAAACUCGUGUGACCGUGAUAUUUGCUUUGCUAAUAAAAUGGGAUUCGCAUCGUCCGAUGGAAAAGUCGACAAAAAUGAAUUCAAAAAUCACUUAGAGAACAACAACCAAAUUGACACGGAGUUAAAAAAUCAAAUCUUAGAUUCAUGUGCAGAGGGAGACUUAGAUAAAUUUGGUACAGAAGACAUCUGUGAUGUGAAGAAAUUAAAACUAUGUGUAGAUUUACAAGUAUUUUCGUUAUGCAAAAAUUGGGAUACAGACGGACCUUGUGCUGGAGUCCAAGAACUAGCCGAAGAAUGUGCGGAACUCUACUCUUAAAGUAUAUUUGAAACACAGAUUAUUGUCAAUACUGCACCACUUCACUUAUUAUUA